UCUCUCUCGAUCCAAUCAAAUCCAACUGAAAAAACCUAGCGUACACACAAGACAUGGCACUUAUCCGUGCAAUCCAUCUCCUUGUUCUCAUCUUCAUCUUCUUUGCUUCAACACCAUUCACCACUUCAAGCGCUCAAACGCCUGACGAUAGCAAUACUAAUGCCCCGACCGGCGACAUAGACUGGUGGUGCGACACAACCCCACAUCCUCAACCAUGUAAGUACUUCGUGAGUCAUGCCCGCGGCAACCACUACAACACGUCCAUGCCAAGAUCCGGUUUUCGCAAAAUAGCCGUUGACGUGGCCACGCAACAUGCCUUCAACGCUUACAAGCAAAUCCUCCAUCUCCGGUCCGAUUUGGUCAACCACCGGCAACGUAGCGUAUGGGUGGACUGCCUGAAGCUCCACGACAACACCCUCCUCCAGCUGAACCGGACUCUCCAGGGCCUCCUUGGGUUGAACCAGACCUGCACCGACUUCGACAUCCAGACCUGGCUAAGCACCGCCCUCACCAACAUCGAGACCUGCCGGCUUGGGUCGCAGGAUCUGAAUGUCUCAGACUCCAUCAUGAUGCCCACCUCGUCCGCCAACCUAUCUCAGCUCCUUAGCAAUAGCUUGGCCAUCAACGAGGGAUUGCUCGGAUCGGACCAGCCCAGGACCGAGUAUGAGGAGUUCCCAAGCUGGUUCACCAACCACGAGAGGAAGCUGCUUCAGUCGACAUCGCUGGUCACGAGGGCGAACCUUGUGGUGGCUAAGGAUGGCUCAGGCAACUUUCGGACAGUCCAAGAGGCAAUCGCCGCAGCGGCAAAGCGGAGCUCGAUGAACUCGAGGUUCAUAAUUUACGUGAAGAAAGGGGUUUAUAGAGAGAACAUAGAGGUUGGGAUUAACAACAACAAUAUUAUGCUGGUGGGCGAUAGUAUGAGAAAUACCGUCAUUACGAGUAGUAGGAGCGUCGGACGGGGUUUCACCACCUACAGCUCUGCGACUGCUGGAAUAGAUGGCCUUCGCUUCAUUGCUCGCGACAUCACAUUUAGCAACACCGCAGGCCCGCUAAGGGGACAGGCCGUGGCGCUCCGAUCUGCCUCGGAUCUUUCCGUUUUCUACCGUUGCGCCAUCCAAGGAUACCAAGACACGCUCUUCGUCCACUCUCAACGACAGUUCUAUCGCCAGUGCUACAUCUAUGGCACCGUAGACUUCAUAUUCGGGAAUGCGGCAGUCGUGUUUCAGAACUGCAUGAUCUACGCUCGAAGGCCAUUGAAGGGCCAAGCAAACAUCAUCACGGCUCAGGGCCGAAAUGACCCGUUCCAGAACACGGGAAUUGUGAUCCAGAACUCACGGGUUUUGGCCGCAACGGACCUUCUUCCGGUGGUUCGUGCAUUCAACACGUACUUGGGUCGACCGUGGCAGCAAUACUCCCGGACCGUAUUCCUGAAAACCUACUUGGGGUCUUUGGUGAGCCCAUUGGGCUGGUCCUCGUGGGAUGGUUCUAAUUUUGCACAUGGCACAUUGUAUUACGGAGAGUACCAGAACUUUGGACCUGCAUCUUCCACGAGAUAUAGGGUAAAAUGGCCGGGUUAUCAUGUCAUAACGAGCGCGAAUGUAGCGUCUCAGUUCACCAUGAGCCGCCUCAUCGCCGGCCAGUCAUGGUUACCAGCAACUGGCGUUCCUUUUACUGCAGGUCUUUGAUGAUUUCGCUCAUUGUCAACUAAAUCUAAGUUAUAAUUCAUCUCUAGGGUUAUUUUUCUGUAUAGUGUAUUGAUUCCAAGAACAGCAAUAUUCAUUUAUUUAUUCAUUA